GUAAACUGUGUAAGCUAUAAACCCCAAACCCACCAGGCACCAGACUCUUCUACCACUUUCUUUCACAAUUUCUCAAAGAAUUAGCUGUAAUUUUUCGGAGUUUUGCCAAAAUAAUAUCAAGAUGCCUGAAGAUUUUACCUCCGAACGCGCAAUAUUUGGUGGCGCCAUCACCAGUACCUUCCCCCUCCGCUUCCAGGAUGUGAGUACUAUUCGUGAAGUUCCUGAUCAUCAGGAGGUAUUUGUGGACCCCACACGCGACGAGAGCUUAAUAUUUGAACUGCUGGACUUGAAGGCUGAUGUGCCGGAUCAGGGCAGCGCCACUUGGUUUCUUCAAGACCUUGCCAAUGAACAAGAUGCCGAGGGAACUAUGGUACUUGAGCAGUCAGGGGUAUUCCAGGCUGAUGGGUUGCAAUACAGAAACAUACCUGCUGUUGUUACAACUGCUACAGGGCAAAUGGCCAUAUCUAAGGGAAGACAAGGAAGGGAAGCGCAAAAUAUCGUGAAGGUCUAUUUGGCGAAUUUGCGACUUAAGGAAGUUGGGACAGAUGUUCUGAUCACUGCCUAUGAGCCUAUGUUGAUAAAUCCUUUGAGUGAAAGUGCUAGCACAGUUGGGGCUGGUUUGGCUGUACCUGCUGGUCAAUCUGGAUGUAUGCCAAUGGCUGAGGUGUUCAAACUUGCUGUUUCUAGUUUCAAGGUGAAUGAUUGGAGCCUUUUUGGUCCCAUUGCUUGAUAAGUUUUGGAGGAUGCCAGCAAAAACAAAUCUCUAAUUAUCCCGAUGGCGCGGCUUUUAUUUCCUGUCUUAGACCAGAUUCCUCUUCAAGUUAAAUUUUUUUACUUGGCAGAGGAAAAGAAGUUGCUUGGCUUUGGGCCCUUGAAAAUAUUUUAGUUGGUAUAACUAAAUAUUUGAGGAUAGUUAUACUUUUACUGGAUAUUUGUGAGUUCUUGUUAUAGGUCACCAUUCUUCAGUGUCCUCAUUAAGGCUUUUGUUUGAACUUUGAAGUGAACUUCUGAUAGUAAUUACUUGUCAUCCACGCACCGCUUGUAUCUACAAGUUGUGCAUUUUCGUUUAAUUUGGUGCCGAUUGUGUAUGCAAAACUUGAUAUUUUCUGUUCAUA